UCGGUCUGUCCUGUCUGCCUCUGAGCCUACCGCUGGGAGUUGGUGGUGGUGGAGGGGGGAAGGAGAAACCGUCGAGGGACAGCUAGCCAGUCAGCUCGGGGGGGAGUGAGUGAGUGAGUGAGUGUGUAUGUGAGUGUGUGUGUGAGAGAGAGAGAGAGCGAAUCCCAAACUGGGAACCACUGCGAAAAACUCCACACACGCUGGGACCAGUGUGUGACUUUAGGGACUAUUUGUUAGCGCUACUUUGCCGGGAGCCGAGGAAAGCUGCUCUGAAACUUACGUGACAGUUUUUUCCAUCUUCUUCUCCUUGUUGUGCAGCUGGAGCAGCGGCAGUAACGACGGUGCUGUUGCUCCCGGAGUUGAGUGGAUUCAUUGGUUGGAGCAGGAUUGCGCAUUGGCCCUGUUGUGGUGUGUGUAUAUACCGCUUCUCCACGGGGACGAGGAACAAUGCCGGAAUAACCGUUUCCCUCCGAGUUUGCUCCUUUCUAAUAGUCAUUUUUGUUUGUGUGUGUGUGUGUGUCGCUGUUCAUUUUCCCCCCUCUUGUGCGGGGAUGCGUUGGCUGCUGUAGGAUUUGUUGCUUGUUGACAAACAGUUUUCACAAGAAGUUUACAACAAGCUUGGGACACAAGAAGACAUAAAAUGUCCACGCCGAGGUUUAAAAAGGAUAAAGAGAUAAUCGCGGACUACGAGAGCCAAGUGAAAGAGAUCCGGGCCCAAUUAGUGGAGCAGCAGAAAUGUCUGGACCAGCAGACGGAGGUGAGGGUCCAGCUGCUGCAGGACCUCCAGGACUUCUUCAGGAAAAAGGCAGAGAUUGAGAUGGAAUACUCCAGAAACCUGGAGAAACUGGCCGAACGCUUCAUGGCCAAGACUCGCAGCACAAAGGAUCACCAGCAGUACAAGAAAGACCAGAAUCUGCUGUCACCUGUCAACUGCUGGUACCUGCUGCUGAACCAGGUGAGGAGGGAGAGUAAGGACCACGCCACACUGAGUGACAUCUACCUCAACAAUGUCAUCAUGAGGUUCAUGCAGAUCAGUGAGGACUCCACGCGGCUACUCAAGAAGAGCAAGGAAAUAGCCUUUCAACUCCAGGAAGACUUAAUGAAGGUCCUAAAUGAGCUAUACACUGUGAUGAAGACGUAUCACAUGUACCACUCAGAGAGCAUCAGUGCCGAAAGCAAGCUGAAAGAGGCAGAGAAGCAAGAGGAGAAGCAGAUCGGGAGGGGCGAUCCUGUCUUCAGCAUCCGAAUGGAGGACAGGCACCCAAGGCGCAGCUCUGUGAAGAAGAUUGAAAAGAUGAAAGAAAAGCGUCAAGCCAAGUACUCUGAGAACAAGAUGAAGUCAAUCAAAGCACGGAAUGAGUACCUUCUGACACUGGAAGCCUCAAAUGCCUCCGUUUUCAAAUACUACAUCCAUGACCUGUCGGACUUAAUUGAUUGUUGUGACUUGGGGUACCACGCCAGCCUCAAUCGAGCCCUGCGUACCUACCUGUCGGCUGAAUACAACCUCGAGACGUCGCGCCAUGAAGGUCUCGACAUCAUUGAAAAUGCUGUGGACAGUCUGGACCCGCGCAGUGACCGGCAACGCUUCAUGGAGAUGUACCCGACAGCCUUCUGUCCACCAACAAAGUUUGAGUUUCAGUCUCACAUGGGGGAUGAGGUGUGUCAGAUCUCAGUGCAGCCCCCAGCGAAUGGAGAGCUCAUCCUGAGGUUCCAGCAGCUGCAGUCUCGCCUUGCCACGCUGAAGAUUGAAAAUGAAGAGAUAAAAAAGACGUCAGAGGCUACCCUGACCACCAUCCAGGAUAUGGUAACCAUCGAAGACUAUGACGUGUCCGAGUGUUUCCACCACAGCCGCUCCACCGAGUCGGUCAAGUCCACUGUGUCCGAGACGUACCUUAGCAAACCUAGCAUUGCCAAGCGGAGGGCCAACCAGCAGGAGACUGAGCAGUUCUACUUCAUGAAAUUCCGCGAGUUCCUGGAGGGCAGUAAUCUCAUCUCCAAGCUGCAGGCCAAACAUGACUUGCUGAAGAGGACAAUUGGUGAAGGCCACAGAGCAGACUACAUGACCACAAGACAUCCCAAUGGUCUGUUCAAAACCCACACUGGCACCCGGCGGGCUAGACCCCGCUCCGUUUUUAAUGUUAGGUUAUUUAAUGGCAAUUUGGAGUCAUUUAUCAAGGACUCCGGACAGGCUAUCCCUCGUGUGGUGGAAAGCUGUAUUCGCUACAUCAACUUGUAUGGCCUCCAACAUCAAGGAAUAUUCCGCGUAUCCGGAUCCCAGCUGGAAGUCAACGACAUCAAGAACUCAUUUGAGAGAGGAAACGACCCGCUGACAGACGACGAGAACAAUCACGACAUCAACUCAGUGGCUGGCGUUCUCAAGCUUUACUUCCGGGGUCUGGAGAACCCUCUUUUCCCCAAAGAGAGGUUCAGCGACCUGCUCUCCUGCAUCAGAGUAGAGAACCUGUACGAGAGAGCAUUGUACAUCCGUAAGAUCCUCCUCACCAUUCCCAGAUCAGUCCUUAUCGUCAUGCGCUACCUUUUCGCCUUCCUCAACCAUUUGUCUCAGUACAGUGAUGAGAACAUGAUGGACCCGUACAACUUGGCCAUAUGCUUUGGCCCAACGCUCAUGCCUACACCAGACAGCCAAGACCAGGUCUCCUGCCAGGCCCACGUCAAUGAGAUCAUCAAGACUAUCAUCAUCCACCAUGAGACAAUCUUUCCCGAUGCCAAAGAACUGGAUGGACCCAACUAUGAGAAGUGCAUGGCAGGAGGAGAUUACUGUGAGAGUCCCUACAGUGAGCAUGGAGCCCUGGAGGAGGUAGACAAUGAAGGAGGGACGGAGACACACACCAGCGAGGACGAGGGCGAGCCCAUCGAAGCCAUCGCCAAGUUUGACUAUGUGGGACGCUCUUCACGGGAGUUGUCCUUCAAGAAGGGAGCCUCUCUGCUGCUGUAUCAGCGGGCGUCUGAAGACUGGUGGGAGGGACGGCACAACGGCAUCGACGGCCUGGUGCCACACCAGUACAUUGUGGUCCAAGACAUAGAUGACAACUUCUCUGACACGCUGAGUCAGAAGGCUGACAGCGAGGCUGGCAGUGGACACGCUGCAGAGGAUAAAUGCCUGGGGAAGGAUGUCAGCUCACCCACUGACACCAGGAUCUCUGAGGCCUACAUCACCAGGCACAAGAAAAGAUCAGAGCCACCAUCUCGACGGCCCCCUGCCCGCCCCACUGACGUCCAUUGCAUGGUGCAUGCUUCUCAGCAGGGUCACGGUGGACAUGGCGGCACCCCAGAGAUGGGCUCCCCAGUUCUGGGCCACUUCAGCCCACGGGACAUGCUGCGGAGUCGCAGCCACAUGCCCAUGGACAGUCCCGAGCGACGGCACCGCACCGGGCACGGCAGUCUGACUAACAUCAGCCGCCACGAGUCGCUGAAAAAGAUGGAGAGCCCCCCGAUCCGCCGCUCCACCUCCUCUGGCCAGUACACAGGCUUUAGCGAUGCCCAUCACCACCACCUCCACCACCUCCACCAUGGUGGCAAGCCACUGGACCCGGAGAGCAUCGCACAGGACAUAGAGGAAACCAUGAACACUGCUCUGAAUGAGCUACGCGAGCUGGAGCGCCAGAGCUCGGCCAAGCACGCCCCCGACGUGGUGCUGGACACCCUGGAGCAGCGGCAGAACUCGGGCAGCAGCGGUGGAGGCCCCACGCCAGCCAGCUCCAGCGAGUCCCUCAGCCCCAUCCACGGUGUCAUGCUGAGGUCCACCGCCAACACUGAGCCGCCCAUCCGCCGCAGCACCAGCUCCUCCAGUGACACUAUGAGCACCUUCAAGCCCCUGGUAACGCCCCGCAUGGGGGUGCAACUCAAACCCCCUGCCUUAAGGCCCAAGCCCAUGGUUCUGCCCAAGUCCAGUCAGGCUGCGCAGCCUCCAGCUUCAUCUUCUCAGGAUCCUCUGGACAAGUCCUGCACCAUGUAACUUCUGCAACAUGAAGCAGAGAUGUAAAACAAAAACAUAUGCUGUGUCUACGUGUCAUUAGUGUACUGUGAACAAACUAAGAGCAUGAAACGUGCAUGGACAUAUGCAGGAAAAAAAGAUGUUUCUCCGGGGGCAAAUUCAACUGAAAAUGACAGGAUUUGAAAGACUGGUUUUGCAGUUACAGAGUAAAUAGAUGUUGAGAUAAAUAUGGUCGAACGUCUUGUUUUUUUAAAGGAAUCCAAACGGCAAAUCACAAAGGCUUCCAUGGAGGGUUUUCUUUUUUUUUUUUUUUUUUUUUAGAAAUGUAUACUAGUUAGUGUUAGUUUACAGACAGUCAUGAACUGUGUAUAUCUGAACAAACCUGGUGCAUGUAGCUCCUCUUGUUGAACACUGAACCUGAAAGAGAGCUUGAUGAAAAGGACCAGGGUGGGGAUGUUGUGACGCGCUGCAAAGGCCUUACUGACUUUGACAUGAAACGGAAUUCAAAUGAAAUAUAAUUAUGCUAAAGGUGCUGUAACUUCCUGGACAGAAACGGUUUGAAGGUUAGACCGCUAACGGUACUCGUUUUUUUUUUCUCUUUUCUUUUUUCAUAUAUAUAUAUAUAUGUGUAUAUAUAUAUAUAU